AGUGAGAAAAAGGGAAAAAUGUGAGGGUGAUGUGAGUGAUGUUAGCCGCCUUGUUAACCUUAACAGUAGAUUUUAAAAUCGAAUCGAAAAGAAAAAAGAACAAUUUUUAUAAUAGCCUGGGUGGAUAUGAAUGAAGUUUUGUUAGUGUGUGUGUAUAUAUGUGUGUGAUGGAUAACAUUUAACCACUACAUGGCCAUAGUGUUUUAUUUUACUUUACCACUUUUGGCUGAACCUGGCCAUAACUACUCAAAAAAAAAAAAAAACAAACACACACACACAAAAACGACAGAGUAACAAAACCAACAACAACAACAAAUAAACUCUGCUCAAUAUAAACUGUCAUAAACCCAGCCAACCGACGACGACAACAACAACGGCGGCUGGCUAACCAAAAGCAAAGCAACCCAGCCAACUCAGACCAAGCGACCAACCAACCAACAAAACGAGUACCAACAAUAAAUACGGCGGGCCUUAUCUCCAUAUAUAAACUAAAGUCGCUUAAAAAUUGAUUCUCAUUUGAAAUUUAACGUUCGUAAGGCGCGAACGUGUUUUUUCGAAAUCCACAGAUCGUUGCGAUCUAACGUUUAGCCAGUCGAGUUUCCAAAGAAAAAAAAAUAUCGGGAGAGAAUUAGAAAAAACAAACUGUGUGAAAAAUUCGUGUAAUGUGUUCUCAAAUAUUUUCCGAGUGAAAAGAAAUCAAAAGAAAAUAUAACGGGAAAAAUUCACACGCCAAAGGACUUGAAACGAAAAAUCACAAGAGAAAAAAUAUCGCAUGCGAUAAAAAAAAGUUGUGUUAAAACAGUGAGAGUGCCUUCUCGACCGUCUAUAAUUUUCGAUUUUUGUUUUUCAAAUCGCGCAAAAAAUACAGGUACAAGGCGGAAGUGUUGUGAAAAAAGUCGUUCUUAUUAUCAGGAAAUUGAUUUUCCUGUCACCACAGAACCCCUCUUAAAUUUUCUUAAGUGCAAAUUUUAUUGGAAAUUAAUUCAAUCGGCAGCAGGCAAUCCGUUUAAGCAGCUCCAUCAAAAUGACACAACAACCUGCUUGGGGCGUAAGCUUCUCAAAAUAUUUCGUCAUACCUCAACGUGUGAUAUUGGCCAUUAUGGGCUUUUUGGCCAUCCUCAAUGCCUAUACGAUGCGUAUCAGUUUAUCGAUAGCCAUCACAGAAUUGGUUGUCAAGAAGAACUACACAGAUGAGGGAGAAGCGGCCGUGUGUCCGGCUGAUGAUUUGGAUUCCGAUUCAUCGAGCGGUGGUGACUAUGAAUGGUCUGAAGAGUUACAAGGUUUAAUUCUCUCAUCAUUCUACAUUGGCUACAUUGUGACACACGUUCCCGGUGGUCUAUUGGCCGAGAAAUUUGGCGGUAAAUGGACCUUGGGUUUGGGUAUUUUAUCGACGGCUUUCUUCACAUUGAUCACUCCCAUUGCCAUUACCGAAGGUGGUUCGACGGCUUUGAUUAUUGUUCGCAUCUUGAUGGGCUUGGGUGAGGGUACAACAUUCCCUGCUUUGAGUGUGUUGCUAUCGCAAUGGGUACCCCUCAAGGAACGUGGAAAAUUAGGCGCCUUGGUCUUGGGUGGUGGUCAAGUUGGUACCAUUUUGGCCAAUUCUUUGUCUGGUGUGCUGUUAGAUGCCUACGAUUGGCCAGUGGUGUUCUAUUUGUUUGGCGGUCUCGGUGUUGUGUGGUUCAUUAUUUUUACUCUUUUGUGCUACAGCGAUCCCGGUUCCCAUCCCUUCAUUAAGCCUACCGAACGUGAAUAUUUGGAAAGGGAAAUGGGUUCAGUGACCCGCAACGAUAAUUUGCCACCCACACCAUGGAAGGCCAUUCUGACCAAUUUGCCCAUGAUUGCAUUGGUUUGCGCUCAAAUCGGUCACGAUUGGGGCUUCUAUAUCAUGGUCACUGAUUUACCCAAAUAUAUGGCUGAUGUUAUGCAAUUCUCCAUCAAGGCCAACGGUUUGUACUCUUCCCUGCCGUACAUCAUGAUGUGGAUCUUCUCCAUUUCAUCUGGUUUCGUUGGCGAUUGGUUGAUGACAAGAAAUAUUUUGAGCAUCACAAAUACUCGUAAAUUGAUGACUGCUAUCGCUGCCUUUGGUCCUGCAAUUUUCAUGGUUGCCGCUUCCUAUGCUGGCUGUGAUCGUGUUGCUGUUGUUGUGCUGUUCACCAUUUGUAUGGGUCUCAUGGGUGCUUUCUAUGCUGGCAUGAAACUUAGCCCCCUCGAUAUGAGUCCCAAUUAUUCGGGUACAUUGAUGGCCAUUACAAAUGGUAUUGGUGCCAUUACAGGCGUUAUUACACCCUACUUGGUGGGCGUUAUGACACCAAAUGCCACUUUGUUGGAAUGGCGUUUGGUGUUCUGGGUUGCCUUUGCCGUCUUGUGUGUAACUGCUGUUAUCUACUGCAUUUGGGCCUCGGGUGAGGUUCAGCCUUUUAAUGAUCCACCAGCCGUCAAGGAUUACGAAUCCGAGGAACGUGGCAAAAAGCCCGAGAAGAAGUAAAGACUGUUAUUGUAAAGAAAAUUCCUCCAUGGAAUAUUUAACAAAAAAAGCGAAAAAGUGACAACAACAAAUGUUAAAAAAAGAAACAUUCAGGAAAUACCCUUCCACACAAUGCGCCACCCCCCUACCCCUAUACCAAAUGUGUAUUUAAACGAAAUGAUUUCGUUCUUUCUUUUCUGAAGACUUCCCGAUAACGCAUAACAAACAGUAUUUUUAACUGUUUUGAUUUCAUUUCAUACAACAAAUUUAGUUUAGAUAAACGAACCUAACCUUAAAUUAAUUCUAACCUAAAAAAUGAAACAGGAAACGAAGUGCCUUUCGUUGUAACUUUUGUGAAUUGAAAUGUUAUUGCUGUAAUUAAAUUAAUUGUUGUCUAUGUAUGUAGAUUAGUAUUUAAAUGUAUUAUUUUUUUAUUAAUUUUAAGCUUUAGUUGUAGUUGCGAUACAAAUACAAAAAUGUAUUGAAAUAGUUUUUAGAGAAGCAAAAAAAAAAACAGAAACAAAAACAAAAAGAAAAAAAUGAAAGCCGUGUCCCAAAUUUAUAUAGGAAUUGUAUGUGAUAUUUUUGUAGCACAGUUUGUUUGUUUGUAAUAUUUUUAUAGGAUGAAUUUUUUUAAAUUGUGCCAAUUAACAAAUUUUAUUGUUAAAUUGUUGAUGGGCUCAAACAAAAUUCAAAGCAAUGAUCAAAAAAAUACAAAAGCAUUUUUUGUAUGUGUAGGUAUUAUAGAGACCACAUAGUUCUGACUCUCUUGCAUCCUUUCCUAUUUCAUUUUAAAGUUCACAUAAAUAUAUGGCAGGAGGAUAGAGAGAAGAUAAUCAAAUUCUCUUUGAAUUUAAAAGUUCUUAGACUUUUAUUUAAAAAUUGUUUAUUUUAUGGAAAAAAUUCGGUUUAUCUUCAAACCCCCUGCCUUCAUAUCUCCUUUUCCCUUUUUCCCACUUUUUAAACUUUUCCUACUUCUCUAUAACUUCCAUAGUUUCAAGUUCUCCUUUCCUUUUUCCUUGAGAUUCAUUUACGAAUUUACUACAAAUACAUAACAAUAAUUUUUUAGUCAUUUUAUUGUAGUAUUUAGUUGCAAUUUACAUUUGAUUUAAGAAAAUAAUUUAAUUUAAUUUAAUCAUUAAACAAAAAUAAAGAGAGCAGAAUUAUCCAGAUAUGCAAAUUAAACUGAAAAACACACAUUAACUGAUUAUUUUAUAUGAAUUUUGGUUCCUCCCAAACGUUUGUUUUUUUUUUUUUUAAAUAUUCUCUAUGUAAAUUACUUAAAUAAUAUUAAGUCAAUAUAUUUUGUAAAAUAUUACCUAUGAAAAUAAAAAGUCAUUUUUCCAAAAAAAAAAAAUUAUUCAAA